GAGUGGGUGGGUGGGUGUAUUCAGGUCACAGAAACACCCUGUCAGGUCACAGUACCAGGGUGUCCCGUUUUUUAUUGGAUUGCCAUUAUUCUCGCACGCGGACUCGUCCAUCCACCGGCCGAUUCCAUCCGUUCUUCCUCGUGGCCUGCGUCCAGCCCCGCAGUCCCGCCGAGGUCCUUAAAACCCCCACCGGGUCUCUGCCCAGCAUUCCGCACCAUCGUUCGCUCUCCGUCUCUGUCUCCCUUCUCUCGCUCUCCACAGCACCAGACACACGUCUCCCGGGCCAUGCGUCUCUUCAAUCUCACCACCGCCAAGGUCGAGGAAUACGAUGUUCUCGAUCCCAGCAAGCUGCCCAAGUUCGCCGCUGUCUCCUAUGUCUGGGCCGAUCCCAAAUCGUCCUCAGCCGCCGGCUGGCAGACCAUGGCCAUGCCAAUCGGACCUGACCAGUCUCCCGCCCCGCAAAGCCAGCUCUCGGCUCCACCAGUCUCCCGCCAGCGGUCCUCCUCGCCGUCCCGUCUUCCCGCCCAGCCGCAGACCCAGCAGCGCCAAAGUGCCGCCACCUUCACGUCGCCCUGGAAAAUCUUCAGCUGCUCGUCGCAGGAGCUUCUGGGCGCCAUCACAGCAAUUAAGAAGGCGCUGACCGAGCCCUCGGAUCUCAAGAAUGCCAGCGAGACCAUCGAGGAGCCCCCGGUUCCGAAAGCGACGCACAUCUGGAUGGAUGUCCUGUGCAUCAACCAAGACUCACUCGAGGACAAGCAGAAAGAGGUCCAGAACAUGCGAUUCUACUACGGAAAGGCAGCGUGCGUCUUCACCUUCCUGGAUGUCCUUGGAGUGCCGAGUCUGCCGGUGACCCCCAAGGGCCCCGCCAAGUGGUUCACACGGCUGUGGACGCUCCAGGAGUGCAUUCUUCCCGACAAUCUAUUCAUCUACGUUGAUACUCCUUCCCAGGGACCCCGGUGGCUGUCCCGAUCGACGACCUGUGCUCUCAUCGCCGGUCUCGGCAGCUUUGGCAUUUGGUCUCCUCCCUCCGAGGAAGCUGCCACCGUCGCUGCCCAGCAACUCCAGGCCCUGGCCAUCCGCUCGCCGUCGAUCCACACCAUCAUUCCGCUUGCCAUGUGCCGCAACGUUCGAUUCAAGCACGACCGCUUCUACGGCAUCAUGGGCCUGCUGACCGAAAAGUGGGUCAGUCACUCAAAAUUCAACUACGAUCUCAACAAACCCGCAGAGCAUGCUGCCUCCCAGUUUGCCCGCGCGCUCACACCCCAGGGCAUCGAGGCCUUUGCCCUGUUUGCACCGUCAUACGCCAACAUCUCGUCGGUGCCGCAGAUUGUCAAAAGCGUCGUCAGUGCCACUGGUGGGUCCAGCGCCGAGAAGAAGCCCCAAGCCCCUCCCGUCGCUCCUGCUGCUGGCCCGGUGACCCAGCCUCCGUCGCCCAUAUCGCCGGCUGCAGUGCUGCCGACCAUAGCCCAGGUGCAGGAGGUUGGCUCGCGGGGGCUGUCGACCCUGGUUGCCAGCGCAAGAGAUUUGACAACGUCUGCAUCGGUUGCUGUCAGCACCUCGACGCCAACUACUGCACCAGUUGCGGCCAAGACAGCGACGGGGCCUCCCGCUGCCAAGACCCCAAUUGCAAAUCCCACAGCUGCCAAGACCCCAGUUGCAAAUCCCACAACUACCAAGGCUCCUACUUCAACUUCCACAACUGCCAAGACCCCAAUUGCAAAUCCCACAACUGCCAAGGCCCCAGUUGCAAAUCCCACAACUACCAAGGCUCCUACUUCAACUUCCACAACUUCCAAGACCCCAGCUGCAAAUCCCGCCGCUGCCAAGGCUCCAGCUGCACCGCAGGUCGCCAAACCCACUUCCACCAACCCCACGGUCAAAGCGCCGGCUCCAUCAGCCAAUGCGGGCAAGCCUGCGGUAUCCCCGCCCUCAGCCCCCGCCCGAGCUGCAGCAACAGCCAAAGCUCCAACACCAGCACCAGCACCAGCACCAGCUACAGUCCCAGCCAUAUCCAUCACCAAACCGCCAGUUGCUGCACCCGCCACGGCCGUUGCCCCGGCUGCCGAUACCAAGCCAGGCGAGACCCAACCUGCAGUUGACAACCAGUGCCCGGACACCACGCUCAAUCAAGAGUUUUCGUGGUUCGCCAAGUUCUCCACCCAUUCGUAUAUCGUCGGAGGCGUCCCCAUUGUCCUGCCGCGUGAAGAGGCCCUUUAUUAUCUCGAGACGGGACAGCUCCAUCAGCAACUCGGCACCGAGUCCCCCAAGAGCACCGUCAGCUACCGGGUCACCUCCCGCGGCGUCGAGCUCACCGGCACGGUGACCAACCAGAUUGCAGCGGUCCAGAACCUCGAGGGCGUUGCCACAAAGUCCUUCGAGUAUAUUGGCGAGCGGUUCGAGAAGGCCAACUACAUUGCCGACAUUGCGAUGCUCCUCGUGGGCUUCCAUGUGCCGAAGCAGACGGUGCUCUGGGGACUGGGCGAGGCCGGCCGGGCCGUCCAGCAGCCCACUGAAGACCAGACAACAAUCUCGGGCGCUUGGAAGAGCUUCCGAGGCUGGGUCAAGGACACGGUCAUCAAGUCCAGCAUUCCUCUCCUGGAGAUGCUCGACCGAGUCAUCUUCUCGGGUUACUACCCGAGCAUCGUUGACACCUACCAGAUCUCCCUCGCCAACGGCAGCGUCCUCAUCGGUCGGCUGACGCCCUCGCCAGAGCUGCUGGAAAUGGCCGAGUGCCAGCGGAAACGCGAGCAGUGGGAGCAGGACGACGAAGAUGCCCGGCCUGCUCCUCCCAAGCCCUUUGGCAAGAAACUGUAUCUGACCUACAUCAAGCGGAGUGUGUACUCGGUCACGGGCUGCGCUGAAAACAAGACCGACCUGUAUACACUCUGCUGCCAAGAGGGCGAGUUUGACGGCCAGAACCUGCGGGCCCGCAAGAUCGGUGUCUUCCACGCGACAGAGAUCGUGUCCCCCAAGAAGACCAGCACGUUCGAUAUCAAAAAGGUCAUCAUCGUCUGAGCCAUGUUGAUCCUCGGCGAGGGCGCGUAUGAUGGUUUGUAUGAAGGGCUUCAAGAAUACCUGGCCGAGCAGCGAGAAGUGUGUUGGUGCGGAGCGCCGCUGCAUCGGCCUUUGCUGCUUGUAGGCAUCAUCCAGAUACUCCAAGGAAGGUGAAGCAGCCCCGCGUGCGCCCGGGUGCAGCUCGAAUACACCUUCUUUUCUCUGUAAU